GGCGGCGGGCGCGGGCACGGCGGCGGCGGCGGCCCGGCGCGGGCGGGCGCACCAUGGUGGCCAAGCAGCGCAUCCGCAUGGCCAACGAGAAGCACAGCAAAAACAUCACACAGCGCGGGAACGUCGCCAAGACCUCGAGAACGGCCCCGGAGGAGAAGGCGUCGGUCGGGCCCUGGCUGCUGGCGCUGUUCAUCUUCGUGGUCUGCGGAUCAGCCAUCUUCCAGAUCAUCCAGAGCAUCCGGAUGGGCAUGUGAGGGGCCCGUCGCCGGGCGCGGCCCGCCCCGGCGCUGCCAUGGCCCGUCGCCCCGGCCGGCGCUCGCCAGCCCCGGCUCCUCGCAGCGGUUGCCGCGGAGCGGUGGUCGGCACCGGCCCUGUCGCAUUCCAGGUCCCUUCACCAGGCAUUCCGAGUUUUCUAGCCCGUGCCACAGUGCCUUGAACAGCACCACAUGUAUAAAGCAAUAAAACUCUGUUGUUGAUCUACAA